UCCAAUACCAAGCCUGCGUGGGGUUGUUCCUUUUCUCCUCUGUCUCUUUCUCUGUUUCAGCACUAGAAACACAGGAGCAUCCAAAAGAGGCAGCCACCUCACCCUGGGCCUGCACUCUGGUUUUGCAAGUCUUCAAACCCAGUUGGCAUCAUCCCCAACUGACCAUAUCCCAACAAAAACAAAGGGGGCGACAUCAUCUUGCUGGCGGGAAAACAGACCUCCGACGUAACACCGGAAGUUCUCAUACCAUCGAAGAAGAAAAAGUAAACUGCAACAUGGCGACUCCUAUGCACAGGAUAAUAGCCAGGAGGCAAGCAGAGGCAAACAAACAAAAUGUGCGUUGCCAGAAGUGUCUGGAGAUGGGACACUGGACCUACGAGUGCACGGGCAAGCGGAAAUACGUGCAUAGACCAUCGAGGACAGUUGAGAUGAAAAAGAAAAUGAAGGAGAAUGAAAACAAACCCCUGAGCAUUACUGGACCUGGCAAUGAAGGCUCCAGUGAGAAGAAAAUUAAAAAGAAGGCAAAAGACGGGAGCGACAGCAGCAGUGACUCAGACGGCUCGUCAAGUGACUCAUCGUCCGACAGCAGCGACUCCUCCAGCUCCUCUUCGGAUGACAGCGACAGCAGCAGCAGCGACGAUGACGACAGCUCCUCCUCGUCCUCCUCCUCCUCCUCUUCAUCAUCGGCCAGCUCCGACUCGGGGAGCAGUAGUGGUUCAGAUCAAGGACCUCCUAAGAAGAAGAAAAAGAAGAAAUGAAUAAAUAUGUUGGAUGAAGUGGGUUUUCUGGUUGUUUGUAUAUCCAUAAAUAGAUUUUAGUUGUGCACUGUUUUUUCUAGCAAAGGUUGAAAAUACCAGAUUAAUUUGGUUGGCCAAUAAGUCAUGUUAUGCUUUAAAAAUAAACAAAAGAACACGUUAAUGUGAUUUUUCUCACAUGUUUAAGUCCACUAAGGAUAGGAAUUUGAAAUAUUUGAAGAAACUAAUGUGCUUAUUCAUGUUGAAUUUGUGAUUUUGUAUUAAAGAAUAUUUUUAGUCAGA